CCCCGGCCAGCAGCUGAGGGGGCGGGUCACGUGACGGCUCCACAGCCGUGGCGGUUGCUGUCAGCUGAUCCCUUGGGCUUGGAGGGGUGGCGGCGGCAACCAUGGACUUUCUCCUGGGGAACCCAUUCAGCUCUCCUGUGGGGCAGCGCAUCGAGAAAGCAACUGAUGGAUCCCUGCAGAGUGAGGACUGGGCUCUCAACAUGGAGAUCUGUGACAUCAUUAAUGAAACAGAGGAGGGCCCCAAAGAUGCAUUAAGAGCCCUGAAGAAGAGGAUUGUGGGCAAUAAGAACUUCCACGAGGUGAUGCUGGCGCUCACGGUCUUGGAAACCUGUGUUAAAAACUGUGGCCACCGCUUCCAUGUCCUCGUGGCCAGCCAGGACUUCGUGGAGGGGGUCCUGGUGAGGACCAUCUUGCCAAAGAACAACCCCCCCACCACCAUCCACGACAAGGUUCUGACACUCAUCCAGGCCUGGGCAGACGCCUUCCGAAGCUCGCCCGACCUGACGGGAGUCGUGGCUGUCUACGAAGACCUGAGGAGGAAGGGCCUGGAGUUCCCCAUGACAGACCUGGACAUGCUGUCCCCCAUCCACACGCCCCAGAGGUCCGUGUAUGGCUCCGAGUCCCCCCCAGGACAGAAUCCGUCACUAGCACAGUCCGGCCAGCGCACGAGCCCCCCGCAGCAAAGCGAGCCCUUGCCGUCUGCACCUGACGACGUGCCCGUGAUGCCCACGCCAGAGCAGAUUGGGAAACUGCGCAGUGAGCUGGAGGUGGUGAAUGGCAACGUGAAGGUGAUGUCUGAGAUGCUGGCCGAGCUGGUGCCCGGGCAGGCGGAACCCUCGGAUCUUGAGCUGCUCCAGGAGCUGAACCGGACGUGCCGGGCCAUGCAGCAGCGAGUCCUGGAGCUGAUCCCCCGCGUCCUCAAUGAGCAGCUCACGGAGGAGCUGCUCCUCGUCAACGACAACCUCAACAACGUGUUCCUGCGCCACGAACGGUUCGAGCGGUUCCGAACGGGCCAGCCCACCAAGGUCCCGAGCCAGGGGGAGCCUGCCAGCAAUCUGAUUGACCUCAGCUCGGGGCCUGCCCCCGCCUCGGACCCCCUCCCCGCUCAGCUGGCCGGCAUGAGCCUGGGCCCCGGCGGAGGCGGCGGUGCCACCCUGCAGGCUCUGCAGACCCCAGCAAAACUGGAAGACGAGUUUGACAUGUUCGCUCUGACUCGGGGGAGCUCACUGUCCGAGCAGCGCAAGGAUGUCAAAUACGAAGCCCCCCAGGCUAAGGACGGACUGGCAGGAGCACUGGAUGCCCGGCAGCAGAAUACUGGAGCGAUCCCGGUCACACAGGCAUGCCUCAUGGAGGACAUCGAGCAGUGGCUUUCCACCGACGUGGGGAGCGAAGCGGACGACUCCAAGGGGGUCACCAGCGAAGGUAAAUUCGACAAAUUCCUGGAAGAGCGGGCCAAGGCUGCUGAGAAGCUCCCCACCCUCCCCAGCCCUCCAGAAGGGCCGCCCGGCUCUGCCCCCCAGAAGAAGAAAGACAAAGACGAUGACUCCCUCUUUGCCUUAUGAGCUCUGGGUUCGAGGGCCCUGCACCCAAGGGGACUGGAGGCCCCUUUCCUUUUACCUGCUAGGCAGAGGCCAGGACAGGGAAGUCCAGCCUCAUCAUUUAGGCUGCUUUGGGGUGGUUUAUUAGCUCUUAUCCCAGGAGGAAGCUCAGGCUGGGCCGAGAAUGAGGCAAAACUUUGUAGGGAAGACUCGGGCUGCGUCCUGGGGGCUGGGGCCAGGGCAGAUGGCCGGAGGGCCCGGAGCCAGGCCGGCUGGGCUCUCUGCUCUUCUGGCCCCUUCCUUCCCUCCCCCUCUCCAGCCACUACCUCUACUGAGUACUCGUGGCAUCGGCCUUUCUCCCUUAGCUGACGCCUAUGCUCUGGUCCGCCCCCCCUCAGGGCAGCUCCCUGAGGUGCCCCUCUCUGCCCCCCACGAGGAUGGGCAGGGCCAGGGUGGGCCUCCCCCCAUCCCGUCAGGUUUCUGAUGCUGCUUCUGGAUCCAUCCCCUGGACAAUCAGCCCCGCCUCUGCCCGUGCCCAGGAAUGCUGCACGAGCCGCCGAUUCCUCCCUUCCCCGGCGGGCCCUUUCCUAGCUGCACAGACCAGGGGAGGGCUGAGGCUGCCCUGGCCCUGGGGGCCCCUGCAGAGGAAGUGCACUUUCUAGGCAGAGCCCGGCCCCCUCUGCCCCUGGGCCACCCGAUGUGCCUUAGCGCUCCCUGCUCCUCCGGGAGCCUCCCCGCCCCAGCACCCCCUCUCUCCCUGGGGAAUAGGAGUUAAGAGUGGCCCAAGGCAGCCUCUUCAGCAGCCAGGAGCACGUGAGGGCGGAAGUUAGGACCCAGCUGGGCCGGGCUGACUCGGGGGAGCCCGUGUACCUGGGAGACUGGCCUUUUGUAUUACUACAUAUUAAAAGUGGAAACGCAAUGCCUCCA